AUGAAGUUCCACGCCCUCUUUACGCUCCUCAGCGCGCUACUUCUUUCCUACACAUGCGCGGCAACCUCCUCCCCAGCAGCGCAUCUUGAGAAGCGUGCAACUCAGGUCUCUGUCACUAGCUACACCUUCACCAACAAUGUCCUUGCUGGUUCCAUCAAGAUCCAAAACCUCGCCUACACCAAGGUCGUAACUGUUGUCUACGCCGUCGGUAGCACGUGGACAAGCUCUCAGGCCUUCGCGGCCACCUACAGCAGUGGCCCAGCAUCUGACGGCUAUGAGGUGUGGACCUUCUCUGGAACUGCGGUGGGCGCAACCCAGUUCUACGUCAAGUACGACGUUAGUGGUACUUCUUACUAUGAUCCUGGGAACAAUGUGAACUACCAGAUCUCGGCGACAACAUCAUCGACUACUACCAGUGCAGCCCAAUGCACGGUGACGGUUACAACCACGAUGCCUUUGGCGUUGAUGCCAAGAAUGGCUGAGCCGACGGGAUUCUUUUAA